UGUUGGUUUAGCGCGUGAAAGCGCGAAAAUAAAUAAAGAUGUGAGGAAUAUUUAUGUUGUAAAGUGUAUUUUAGAGCGUUAUAACUAUGGCGUCGUAUCCGUCAAUUAAUUUGGUAGAUUUAACCAUUGACGAGGUUGCAUUAGAAGGUUUGGAUGGUAUUACUUUAGAAGCAUUAUGGUCACGUUUAUCGCAACGACUUCACAAUCCUUUGCCGUUUUCAAAACCAUUUAUGGUUCAAAUAUGGUCGAUAUGUGUGCAGAUCAGAGAAUUUGGAUUUUUUAAACUACAAACUGCAAGAGAGCCGCUUGCAAUUUACGAUCGUUACGAAUUUGUGGAUCCGGAUUUAGGUAUAAUAUUAGAACCAGAUAACAUACCACCAGACAUUUAUCCACAUUGUCCUAUACAAGACAUUACCAAAGGCAUUAUAGGGUCUUGCUCUACAUAUUACACUCGCAAAGAGAUCACAGAAAUUGCAAGGAAUCUUAGUUUAGACGAAAUUACAGAAAAAUAUGGAAAUAAAUUAGUUAUCGUUGCAUCGCAAUCAGCGAGAAACUACUCAUUGAUGGGAGUUGAAGUAUCACCGACGCUUGAAUUAAACGUAAUACAAUAUUGUUUUCUAGAGAGAGUGGGUAGAUCACGCUAUCACGGAGAAAUUACUCAGGGAAAGCUAAGUCUCAAUGCAUUAAAAGAGGAUCCUAAGAGUUUGUUCUAUCAUAGAAAAUUACUAUUACGGCAUAAAUUAAUAACAAAGCAAAUACAUCAUCAGAAAAGCGGCAGUCAUAGUUGCAACGGAAGCCUUUUGCAUCUUCCGAGGUUCUUCAUUGAGAGGAAACCGAAAGCAAUUUUCUUAGCCGAAGAAGUUAUCAAAAUUCUUAAAUCGAAACCUAAUUGUGUUGCAGAAUAUGAUGAAAUAAAACGCAAGUUACAAAUUGAAAAUGCAAUAAGGAAAUUAUUUAAAACGUCGUUCUUUCAAAAAGUCGUAAAAACGGAUAUAAGGGUACCGUAUAGAACUUUGUAUCCAAAUGCUAAACCUACAGAAUGGCAACAAAAGAAUGAUCCGACAAAGGAAAAGAAGAUUAAAGUAGUGCAAUUGCUACAUCCCAAUAUUGAUAUUAUUGAAGCAUGGACUAAAGAUGACGCACAAGAGGAGGAAGAAUUGCAUGAAUUAAAUAUUUCAAGCCAUAAAUACGGUAUACCCUAUUUAAGACAAGCAAAUAUAGUAAUCGAAGCUAGUGGAAGCGAGGGUGUAUGCCAGGGAAGUUUGGCUAAAGUGAUGGGAUUGACCAAGUUACAGUCGCGGACGAUUUUGCGAAACAUAGUCAAAAGAGACAUUGUUGCUACUUAUAUGAAUGAUAUAGGUAGACAAAGGCUUACGAAAUAUGUAUCAAAAAGGCUCGAGGAAGACAGUAAGUUGAGCAAACAGUUUCAGGAAGAAAUGCAUAAAAUCAAAGAACUUACGAAACAAAUUGUAACUGAAAAUGAUGGUCUGCAAAAAAGUGUGAACGUAAAACAAAAGGAAGAUAUUGUUAUUAAUGAUCAGGAAAAGAAUGUACAAGUAACUAAAUCCAAUGUAACUAGCGAAGGCAAUGAAAACAAUUGCGUAAGAAUAGAAGGGGCAUCAAUUUCAUCUACGAUAGACAUAGAAGCAACAUUUCAUGCUGUUAAUCGAAUAUUAUACAAGUAUCAUUUAACAAAAUGCAGACAUAAAUAUAAACGAACGUUCUCGAAUUUUCAAUCGAUUAGAAUUAAUAAAGCACAAGCGAAAGAAGAAACUACAAAUUCUAAUAAUAUGUUAUACAAAAUUUCUGAGCUAUCGAGAAACGAAAGGGCAGCAGCUGCGUAUAAGAACAUAAAAGUUAACUUGACAGUUUUAACACCAACGGAUGAAGUCAAACCGGAGAACGAAGUAUUUGGAUUCAUGGAAAAUGUACAGAACAGUGAAAAGAAGAACAUGUCAAAUAUUACGUACAGAUUAUUGCGAAGAGCUAAUAUGAUUAUAGAGUCGGUUAAAGAACAUCAAGUUAUCGAUGAUAUGACAAAGCUGAUGAAGAUGAUAUGCGAAGAAGAAGAUAAAGAAGGAUACGAUGUGAAAAUUGAUAAGAAGUCCUUAAUAAGACUGUUACAAAAGCUUGCGAAAGACAACUUAGUAAAAAGUAUAAAAAUAACACUCAGCGGAAAUGGAAAAGAGAAACAUUUGACAUUUAUAUGUAAUCCAAAUUUGGAUAUUGACAGCGCUAUUAUUCAAUCAGCCGUGGAGCAAGCGAAAUUAAAGUUUUAUGUACUAUCGUCUCAGAGAACCAAAUCAUUUACAAGAAAAUGUUCAGAAAAGCCAACGUCAACUAGAAAUAAUAAUGCUGAUGAAGCAGCAAACAAGUCUUCGUUUAAACAAUUUAAAACUGCAACGUCUUGUAAAUGUGGCCCCAGAGGAUCGAAAAAGUAUGGAUAUAGUCCAAAAUUUAUACGCAUGCAAGCGUUACAUAUACUUUUGUUUUACUUAAUUUAUGAUCAUCCUGGCGAACAAACCCUUUCGAAGGAGGAACAAUUACAAGCAUUCCGAAAUAAUGAUUUUCCAAUCACAGACGAACUGGCGAGUGAAUUCAGUACAAUUUACACUAAAGAUAUUAGUUGGAAAACGUUCAUUCCACCUUUACCAAAGUAUACUGGUUGGCCUGAAGGAUGGGCGUUAAUGUGCGAUAUUCUAUUGCGUCUGCCGUUGUCAAUAUUUUUAAAAAUUCAUUUUCUUUCUUUCGUUAUACCCGAAUUAGAGGAAUACGCGAACCAUCCGAUCAGGAAGCAUUACUUGGUCAGAGAUUUACCGAACGAUACCCGGAAUGCUUUGCUAUAUGCACGGAAGUACAUAUUUAACGUUCACGAAACUGUGACGAGGUUGUGUUACAUCGGACUGGUACAAUUUGGUCCUCAAAGAUUGAAAGAGAAGGACCAAGUGUUCAUUUACUUGAAUCGACGUACAGAAUUGAUGGACACGACUUCGUCCGCGCCGAGUUAUCACAUAAUCGAGGACAAAUCCUAUCCAGUGACCAAAUAUAAUUUCAAUGGAAUACAAGUGGUCGAGAAAUACUGGUACGACAUGUGGAACAUAUGUAUGAACACAUCGUUAGGUGGUAGGCUCGUUGUCCAAGGGAAAGACAUAGUAUUGGAGGAUUUAAAUAAAAAAAGUAACAUGAUCGAAGCAGUGGUAGCCCGAUCACCGGACGAGGCUGUAAAAUUGGAUACUGGUAAAGUGCCUGGCGAUCACAAAGGCGCUGCUGGAACGGACUCGGCCUGUUUCGCUCAUCUCAAGCGUAACUGGAACUGGGGCAUUGGCGGCAACACGAAGCAAACAAAGUGCAAACAGAAUGUGCAGUACGAGAGGGAUAUGUACCUUUCCAAGAUAAAAGCGAAACCUAUAAAGUUCACCGAGUUCUCUGGCUUGAAGAGAGUGUUUGGUCCCCCUUCUGUGACUGCAGCAGAUCUGAAAAAGAAAGUACAGUUUAAGACCGAGGAGGGAUCGAGCCAACAGAAAAAAUACGAGGCAUUACCGUGUUAUCGAAACUUGAAACAGAAAUCCUUUGUGAGGAGAGUGUUGCCGCGUAAAUCUAGCAACAAAAAGCGAACGAAGUACGAUGAAAUUGAUUACCGAGCGUUGCAACGGAUGCAUAAAUUGCGGGUGGAUUGGGACCCGCAGGAGGAUAAGAUUUUGCUCGUUUGUAAGGUCGCUAUGGUGUACCUCUGUUCAAAUUCACGUAAACAAGUGAUAACGUUUUCUAUGGUGAGAGACGUAUUGAGAACGUAUUCGAUCAUUUCGUACAACAAGACGUCGAGAGCUUGCCAACGACGACUCUUGUACAUGCUCAGAAAGCAACAGACUCUUAAUACAAUUGCGUUGGGCGUCGAGGAGAUCAAGCAGAAUUUUUUUAUUCGAAAACGCUUUGAUGGCAUUAUAGACAAGAUCAAAGAUGAGCAUAAAAGUUAUUAUGAAUUUGAGAAGGAAGUCGCGGAGACGUUCAAAUCACUUGUUGCUUAUAUCGCGACGAAAUAUUUUGCUAUUUCGGACGUUGAAGCGAACGAACCACUCCCAGUGCCAACGUCGAUGCAAGAAUUAAAUAUAUUUUACAAAGUGGUGCAUCCUACGAAACAGUUUGGUAAUCGUGGAUUCGUCAAAGACGUUCAGAACGUUAACGACAUACAUUCUGCAGUCAUCAACUCUGUCAUUCAUAGUUCCAUGUGUUGCGGUAAAGACAGAAGAUCAUGGGCGUACCAACUGUUCAAAGUGUAUCAACAGUAUCCGGAGAUGCUUCUGCGAAACGCUAUGGCAAAGAUUCGAAGCGAUCAAAUGGUUACAGUUAAGAAGACCCAAUUGCCUACAAUAAGGAAGUAUGGAACCUACAUGCCGAUGAGCAGCUCUCAGUAUCAAUUGAGCAGUAAUUACGUAUAUAAAUUUCACACAAAAUGGCCGUACGAUGUGUUCAAAGAAUCGUACGACGUAUUCUUUAAGCUCAGUAAUUGGUAUUGCCAAAAUCAAAGUAACACGCGAAAUAAUUCCAACGGCAUAGAAGUGCUGCCGGUCACUGGCGGCUUGAUAGCGACAAUACACGAUUCUGUAAUACGAAAUCAAAUGGAUUUUGAUAUCGAGAUACCUCAUCAAGUAAUAAUGCUUGAUCUGAGAUUGAAAGAGAAGGACGAAACUCAUUUUAGAAUCGCGAAAAGGUACCAGGAUGUUUUAGCCAGCUUGGACAAUUUGAAAUUUGUGAAAGAGUCGUCCUUUCAAAAUGGCGGUGCAAUUUCUGACUUUUUACAGAACAAUGAACGCGAGAAACUUUCAAAGAAUAACGACGACAAUGCAUGCAACGAUGGAAAGUCGGAUAAAGACGGUUUCUCAGAUGUGGAAGCUGAUAGAAGAAAUUUCGAGGAUGCGAAAAAUUCUGUCGACUAUAACGAUUUGACUUUCGAUAGCGAUGAAGAUAAUGCUCGCAAUGAUGAUGAACAUAAUAUAAUCAGGUUCCAAGAUGGAACUAAAAUCGUAUUAAAUAAAGAUGACCUCGAACGUUCUACAUUUUGUGACGACGAUACGAUAAUGGAAACGGAAGAAAUUAAAACAUUCGAAAGGGAUUGUAAUAGCACUGAACUUCACAGUCGAACACAAGUACAAAAAGCUGUUUCGAAUAAUCUUCAAGAUAACAGUACGUUGAAUAUAGAAAAUUCAGGUCCAUUUCAAUCGUGCUUGAUAUCAAAUACGAAUGUACAGAAGCAAUUAAUUACAUCUAAAAAUAAAAGGGCGAGAGAUACGGAUAAUGAAACAUUUGACGAACCUGUAACAAAAAAAGGAAAAUUAAAUGAUGAAAUUUCAGAUGCGAAGAAGCAUGAUGCCAUGUCGACUGAAAUAUUAAGUCAAAUGCAAGAUGAUGGUUUAAAAAAACAAUCUAUUAAAGAAGGUACAAUACAAAGCAUCGAUGGUACAAAGGCUAACGAAGAAACCAUUUCAACCAUCUCGGAAAGCAAAAGUACUUUGCUGUCGAAGAAAAAUAAUAAACAGGCAUUUACACGUGUCAGUGAUAUUCUGAAAAAUAAACAAUCUGAACACAAUUAUUUGUAUCAGUACUGCAAAAGUGAUGAUCCAUCCGAUGAAAAGAAAAGGUAUACUCGUAUAGCUUUGCUGAGAAUGAGAGAGGAAUUGAGCGAACUCACAGCGGCUGACAGCCAUCAUGCGCAUGACUACUUUGCUGUAAACAUGUUUAAAAUAUUCUAUUCUCUGUACACGUUGAAUUCAGAAAGUCCCAACGGAAAUGAAAUUUUCAGAGGUCUUUCGAUGCCUCCAGAAUUAUUGCCUCUAAGAUUGAACGCUGCGUAUAAUCUGAUUCAGGAAAUAAACAGAUUUGUUGUGUUUCCUAAAGACACCGUCUCUUAUUCUGAUUUUAAGAAAAGUUUGCCCAGCAAUUUGUCAGUAAGUUUGAAUAACAUGGAUGCGAUUUAUAAGUUUGUACGUGAUAAAAAGGAACUUGGAGCCAGCGUUCAGGAAUUGACGAAUGAAUUUGAAAGUACUAUGGGAGAAGAUUUACCUCGCAUUAUGUCACUUCUAACUGAAUACCGGUUAUUCUUGCGAUCUGGUGUAACGACUGUUCGUUAUAUUCACCAUCGUCAUGCAGAUUCUUGGCUCAUACGUUCAUAUAAAAUUUAUCGUCUUGAGAGGGAAUCGCUUAUGCCUAUGUCCAAGGAAACAAUGUUUGUAACAGAACCCGAGGUAAUAAUAACCGAAGGCAACGACUUAAAUCUGAUCGAGGAAACCAACGAGAAUCCUAGCUUUACAACAAAAAACGAAUCGUUAAUGGUUACCAAUGAGCAAUCCAUUGAAUCUGAUAUUCAGUUCGAAGCAAAAACCAACAAAAAUGGAGAUUGCGAUAAGGAUUCAUCUAGUCAUAGCGAUGAAGACUGUAAUAUGCAAACAAAGAAACGAAUGCAAAGAAAGAGGACUCUUUUACUACCUCAAAGGGAUAUAUCCAGAGCUGCAAAGCAAUUAGACUUUACCACGAAAAAAGAAAUAAGGGUCGUGAUAAAACCGUGGAUACGGAUAGAUGGUGCUUUAAAUCGUAGAGUCCUUGAUCGCAUGUUAGGAGCAGUAUUAUUGUAUUGCUUGACACACCCGGGUAUAGCAUUAACUAAAGUACAAAAUAGAUUUGUUCCUGCUCUUCAACCGUGUCAUACAAGGGAAUUGGUUGAGAUGCUGGAAAAAUUAAAAUGCCUGGAAAAAAUAAUAUUAAAAAAAUCCCACGUAAAUUUAUUCUCAAAGCCAUCACCAGUUGAGCCAAAGAUUACAAAUAAUGAUUGGGUCGUUGAAGAAGAUAUUUUCCUUGAACCUGUAAAUGGAGCAAUGUUAAAAUUCAGCGUGUUUCUGAGCACUAAGAUGUAUAAAUCAGACUAUAUUACAUAAUUACAAGGCAAUUAAAUUCUGUAAGAAUAGACCAAAUUUGUAUAUUUAAAUUUUAUAUACUAUUAUCGUCAACAAAUAAU